CGUCAUGCCGCCGCUUUGAGCGAUGGGCGCCAGCGGCUCCAAGUCCCGCGGCCUGUGGCCUUUCGGCUCGGGCAGCCCGGGCGGCCCCGAGUGCCCCGGCGGGGAGCAGGCUCUGGCCCGGGCGCGGGGGCUGUGCUCGGCCACCCCCUUCGUCUUCACCCGCCGCGGUUCUAUGUAUUAUGAUGAAGAUGGUGAUCUUGCUCAUGAGUUUUAUGAAGAGACAAUAGUCACCAAGAAUGGGAGAAAACGUGCUAAGCUGAAAAGAAUCCAUAAGAACCUGAUACCUCAGGGCAUAGUGAAACUGGAGCACCCUCGGAUUCAUGUGGACUUCCCUGUCAUCAUCUGUGAAGUCUGAGCCAUGAGGCAAUGUGAACAGUCACUGUGUGCUGUCAGUGCACCUUAUUUGCCCAGUUUUACUGUACCUCAUGUAAACCACACUAGGCAGCCACGCAUCCCUGCAGAGUGAUGGAUCUGGAGAACGAACACACGGUUUGCCUUUAAGCUCUUCUGCUUGGAGGAAGCGGCGGCGGCACUGGGGAUGCCUCAGAACUGGAUAGUUAUUGGGAGUAGGAUUGGCUAGGCAAGAGUGUGAAUAGAACCUGCGUCACAUGAGAUGUGUGGCCUUGUUUAGUAGCCUGCUAAAAAAUUCCCUCCACUGAGUCAAAGGUGAAAUCUUUUUCUCAGCCACUAAGUGAUGUUUAGAUGGCAACAGAUUCCAAGAGUCUUGAAACUAUGGAGAACCAACCUGCACCUCUUACUGACCAGAUGUCCUGCUUUUUGAGUACCCCGGUCAGUUUCUACGAAAGCUAAUGAGGGCAUUUCAGUU